CGUAGCAUCUUCAUAAUCAGAAAUGGGUUCAGAAGGCAAACCGCAGCUGCAGGAGAGAGUUCCUAUCAUCGAUUUCGAAGGCUUUAAUGGACCGAACCGUGAGAAGAUUCGUGGAGAGAUCGCGGCGGCAUGUGAAAUGUGGGGUUUCUUUCAGCUUUGUAACCAUGGGUUCGAUCAGGACUUGAUGAAGCGAGUGAAAGAUGUGUCGAAAGAGUUCUUCUAUUUGCCGGCAGAAGAAAAGGUGAAGAUCAGAGUGAUGCCAGAUACCAUUCAAGGAUGGAGUCACUCGAGUCUGGCAGCUACGGCGACCAAACUGUCUGCAGGAUCAACGGAGUAUUAUCACAACAUUUUCAAACCUCUGAAGGAGCAUCUACUGCCCCUCAAUCCACCCACUUUCGGAAGCACGUGGAUCGAAUACUUCGAGCAGAUUCAAGUACUCGCGGAGAGCGUGUUGGCUCUGAUUUCAGAAUCAUUGAACCUCCCCUCCGAUACCCUGGUGAAGAGCAUGAGAGGACCGACCUCCGGCUCUCCAUACUUUAUUCUUUACAUUCUAGCUACGGGCCCAACUUAUCCCGUAAAAUCCAUGAGAUUUCUUCGUUCGCAUGGUUCUCUUCUGACGCUUGGCAGGUGCUAACAUUGCGAACAACAAAUACCGUUUCGAAGCUGGUUAUUGUUUCAGCUCUCGUCCUCAUCAAGACAUUCUCACCAAUGGCAAGUUUGCAAGUGUAGAUCACCGAGGGAUGCCUUCGAAGGACCCUGAUCAAGAACGGCUGACAUUAGCCGCAUUCUACAGCGCCGAUGACGACCGUGUAGUUGCCCCACUUCAAGAGCUGUUGGAUGAGAGUCAUCCUCCGCUUUACUCCGCUUGCACUUUUAAGGAAUACAUGGCCAAAUUCACAGCUCGAGGCCUUGACGGGAAAAAAGGUAUUGAAUCCAUGCACAUCGAGCAUGAGUAGCUGCGCAGGUGCCUCGUUUGCAUGUUCAGGCUAAGCAGCCUUGGAGAUGUACAUAUGUACAUAUAUGCCCGAUACACUUCCUGCAUCUAAAUUUCAAAUUAUAAAUAUCAGACAUUUAUAUGUUGUCUGAACUCAUCAGCUGAGAACCAGAGGAAUCAAAAGCCAAAACUGGAUCUCAUGCAUUCCGAAAAUUUGUCCAUAUUUAUUUGUUGCCUACAUGACUAGAAAUCGCGAAUGGGGGACAAAAGUGAUUAACAGAUGUAUUAGGGCGUCUUUGGGCCGUCCAGAUGAGAAAUUAUCCGUUCGUUGUCUUAACACCUCAUUGAUCAUUAGUGGCCAUUGUAUCAGUGGUGAUAAACCACAACAGCUAUUCAGCCUUCCACCCAAUAAUAAGCUUCAGGACACGGAAGUGGAACCUGAGAUUGCCAUCCCUUUACGUACUCUGCCAAAAGGCUGUGGCAUGCGGACCAAAAGUAAUGUUCUGUCAAAUAGGACCCAGGCUAGUAUAUCCUUUGCGACAAUCUCGAAAAUGAUGAGUCUCUAUCAUUUCAAUAUUAUAUCUUGCACUAAGAGUGCUGGUUUACCGUCAAUUUAUUUGGUCGAAUGGUUUUUUAAACCUUAACCAUUUCUAAUAAAGUUGUCAAAG